AUGGUCUCCGCGCAGAGUGGGGUAGCUCAAUCUGCAGCAAAAAAAUCACUCUUUCAGAGGACACUGCCCUUCCUUGAACUGGCUGUCAAGGUCACCACCAAACAAGGUCUCCUAGACAAUGCCAGGUGGAUGUCUCUCAGGGCAGAGUCUCUGUCCCUCUUCACUGGGGACAACAAUGCUGCUGCCACCAGGCUGCAGAAGCAGGCUGUGGCUGAUCUCUUGGCAUCUGCUGGGUGGAAUGCUGGCAGGAGACAGGUGACAGACUGUCUCUCACCCACUGCCUGGUGGUUGGAGGGACAAGGGACAGAGACAGUUGAUGUCCCUGAUUUGCCCUUUGUCCCUGGUGUCCCCAGCAUCAGAGACAGCACCACCAGACUGAAGAUCCUGUCUCACUUGACUAGGACAUUCACUGGUAGGGAGGGACAGAAGAGACUGUUGUCCAUUGUCAAGGGGGCAGUGGGGUAUGUCCCUUGCCAGAGGGACAUGUCCCUCUCUAACACCCACAAGUACUGGGUGAGGGACUGGUCCCCACUGAGACUGACUUGUGCCACCUGCAACCACAAUAUCUUUGAGGCUGCAGCUUACAAGUGGUUUGCCCAGCUGGUGGAUGAGGGACAUGUCUCUCAAGCUGCAGUGGGCAUGGGGGACUCUGCUGUCUCUGGUGUCCCUGAUGUCCCUGGUGUCCCUGGUGUGCUGGCUGUGCUGGAGACAGCCUCUCCAGUCACUGUCUCCCACUUGUCCCCCUUCUUCACAUCCAAGAGACAGAUCAAGGACAUGCUUGCUGCCAUCAAGGCCUCCCCACUGGGACAUGUCCCUUGCAUCAAAAACUCUGGGGACAACCACAAGUAUCUGUCCCAUGGAUGGAAGCCAUUCAGGCUCAGGUGCAACAAGUGCAAGCACAAUCUCACACACAGCCAGUCUCUCAAGUGGAUUGCUGUGCUGGUGGACAGGGGUGAUGUCUCCAGAGAGACAGUGGGGUUGCCACCCAUCAGUCCUGUCCCUGAGUCUCCCAACAGUCCCCCACCUACUGUUGCUAGCAAGCACCUGCCUUUAAGGAGGCAGAGGCCUUGUCCCUCAGAUGUAGUGCAUGUCCCUAGUCUGACUAGAACUGCUGCUGUUGUCCCUUCAAUCACUCCAUUCAACACCCUCACUCAUGUCCCUGUCCAUCUGGUCUCCCAUGUCCCUGGUGUCCCCUUUGUCUCUAGAGUCUACAAGACAUCUUGGAUCCCUGGUGAUGGCAACUGCAUGUUUGCAGCCUUUGCCAGAGCUCUCAACAGGGACUUGUCCCCCAGGGACACAAGGGAUGCUGCAGUCAAAACUGUGGAGGACAACCAGGACAAGUACCAGGGCUUCCUUGUAGGACAGCCUAUGCUGUUCUACCUGAGGAACAUGUCCCAGCCAGGGACAUGGGGGGACAACCUCAUGCUUCAGGCUCUGUGUGACACAUACAGUGCUCAUGUCUAUGUCCUCAAGAGACAAGGAGGGACAUUCUCCUGGCAUGAGGCUGGGGACAGGGACAGAGCCAGCUCUGCCUUCUACCUGUCUCUGGAGAGUGAUCACUAUGAGAACCUGGUAGGCCAUUCCCAACUUGCUAGUCAGUAG